CUUUGAAGUUGAAGUUGAUUGAAAAAAAUCUUGACAACAAAGCCUGGUGGUGGUGAGCGAAUCAUGCAAGAGUAUGCAAGAACUAAAUGCUGGACAGAUGCAACCAGAAGACAGAUGCUAAACAUCCUUACAGCUGCAAUGACAGAAGCACAUGUUUUAGUGACUCAUUGUUUCAUCAGAUCAUCCCCUCCUAAAAGCGUCAGAGUGAUGUAUGCUCAGGGGAUCGUUGCCUUAUUUCCUUAUCUGGAAGACCCAUUUUCAAAACAUGAAUAUGAGCUUUACUAUGAUCCAGACAGCGGUUCAGGAUACCUUGCAUGGCGUUUAAAGACCAUUCAAAGAAAAACUGCAGAGGAAAGAGGUGCCUCAGGUAGCAAAUCUCCCAAAAGUGGUGGACCAGGCGAUGGUCACUCCAGGGUUUUCACUGCUGACAAAGUGCUGUCAGAUGAGGAAGUGGAAGCAGCUAUUGCUGUUUUGAAACACUCUGCUGAUGAUGACAUGGUCCGUGAGAAGAUGAAGGCGACCUUCCAUUACCGUCAUUCAAUGGUCAAUGAUGAAAAGAAAGCAACAAAUGUCUUCUCUGUCUUUCCUCGGUUUCUGGACACACCAGGACUGGUAGAACAAGAUUUCAGACUCCUGUUUGGUGAAGGCACUGCCAACACAUUUUUGGAGAAGUGGCCCACCAGUCUCAAAUCCAAGGUCAUAAAGGAAAGCCAUGGCCUGGAACCCAGCACUGAGCUCUUGGAUUUAUUGGGGAAUGCAGAGUUGGCUAUGUUGGUCUUCCAGGUAAUUGUGACAAAUUCAUAUGUUAGUGGGAUGAUGGUAACCUGAAGCUGUUGCUCUGUAGGUUGGGAUAGUGACAUGUCUGCUAUUUUGCUUCUACUGCAUCUGCUACCACCAUCUGCACAAGGACGAAAGAGGCCGGGUAAGAUGUCUGCAUCUCAAGCAGUGGAUCACCUCAUCAGAUUUCUAAAGGUUGGAACCAGUGUGCAGCAGCAUCUUGACAAAAUUAAGCAACAAAUCCAGCCCUACCUCCUGGCCCAGGGAUCCAUCCAAAGCAGUAUUCACUCAUUCUUCAUUGUGAUUGACAUCUAUGCUAUUCCAUGUAAGGCAACAUGUUCAGUUGGAGC